CUCUCUUGCACACUCAAAGUUGUAUAUAUUUUUUCUUUCCAAGAUUCUACCCCACCCGCUGCGGUUCUCAAACACUCUCCUGCUUCCAUCUCCCUGUCCCGGCUGUGCUCCCAGCUCGAGUUUUAUUUUCCGGGCUUGCCCGGGCCAAACGCAGCCGGGGCUGGUGGCCCUGCGGGGCUCACACCCCGCGCUCGGCCGCCGCCGCCCAGACGCUCCCGGGCGUCCUCCGGAGAUGCUGCCGUGGAAGAAGCACAAGUUCGAGCUGCUGGCCGAGGCGCCGCCGCGGCAGGCGUCCAAGCCUAAGGGCUACGCUGUGAGCCUGCACUACUCUGCGCUCAGCUCCUUGGCGAGGGCCUGCCCGGAAGGCGCGCUCAGCCGGGUGGGCAGCAUGUUCCGCUCCAAGCGCAAGAAGCUGCACAUCACUAGUGAAGACCCCACUUACACUGUGCUCUACCUGGGUAAUGCUACUACUAUCCAGGCGCGCGGCGACGGUUGCACGGACCUAGCGGUGGGCAAGAUAUGGAGCAAGAGUGAGGCAGGCCGUCAAGGCACGAAGAUGAAGCUGACGGUGAGCGCGCAAGGCAUCCGCAUGGUGCACGCCGAGGAACGAGCGCUGCGGCGCCCCGGCCACCUCUACCUGCUGCACCGCGUCACCUACUGUGUGGCAGACUCGCGGCUGCCCAAAGUCUUUGCCUGGGUGUACCGGCAUGAGCUGAAGCACAAGGCGGUAAUGCUACGCUGCCACGCGGUGCUGGUGUCCAAGCCGGAGAAGGCUCAGGCCAUGGCCCUGCUGCUCUACCAGACGUCAGCCAACGCUCUGGCAGAGUUUAAACGUCUCAAGCGGCGGGACGAUGCGCGUCACCAGCAGCAGGAGCUGGUGGGUGCACAUACCAUCCCGCUAGUGCCGCUGCGUAAGCUGCUCUUGCACGGACCUUGCUGUUACAAGCCGCCGGUGGAGCGCAGUCGUAGCGCUCCUAAGCUAGGCUCUAUCACCGAGGACCUGCUUGGGGAACAGCAGGAGGAGGAGCUGCAGGAGGAAGAAGAGGAGCAUCUCGAGGGCUGCCUGGAGGAGGACGAGGAAGAAGAGGACCGUGUGGGGGAUGGGGAUCCAGCAGCGGAAGAGGCUGAGGCGCAGAGGGCACUGGUGGUGGCUAUGCACUUGGAAUGUGGGGACUUGCUGGACCCACUAGAGAAUGGCCACGAGGAGGCGUUGGGGGGCAGCGGGGUCUCGCUGGGCCUCAGCUCUGGGACAUCACCUCCUCUGCCAGGCUGUGCCUCCGACAUGAAGGCCCAACUGUCGCAACUUAUUAGUGACCUGGGCGACCUUAGCUUUGGCAAUGAUGUGCGCACCCUGGAGUCCGAUUUAAGGGUGACACGCCUGCUGUCUGGCGAGAGCACGGGCAGUGAGAGCUCCAUCGAGGGAGGCCUGGACGCCACCUCUGCCACCUCUGGCAGCCCAUCCGGCCCUGCUGACAGCACCAGCCUAGAGGAGCCCUAUUCCAGCUAAGAUCCCAGAAAACUCCAUGUGCCCAGCACCCCACAGUGGCUCCCCAGCUGUAGUUCUGUUCCCCCUAACCUCCGGGAAAGGGAAAUUAUGCACCUGAGGGCCAGACCUGGGUUUGGAGUUCCCGGGGGGCUUCUCUCCCAUCUUGCCCCAGCACUUUUGGCUCUGAGGUGGUUCAGGUUGUGAGUGUGGAGAUGUGGAGGGAGAGAGAAACACUAUAAAGGAGAGAGAGACAGACCUGCUUCCGGGG